GAGAUCUGCAGUUUUUCAUCUUUGAGUAGACUCUGUUUGAUCCGAGGCAUUCUUACUACAGUUUCUAGGGGUAUUCUAGUUUCAUCUUUUGCUCAGUUGAGUAACAGUGACUGUGAUCACAGAACUAUUCUGUAUGACGGAAUUUUGCUGGAACUUUGUGAUUUAUGCGAGAACCCCAUUGACAGCCAUUUAAAUUUUCACGCUCUAACUGUGAUGCAGAUUUGCUUGCAACAGAUCAAGACAUCUAUGUUAACUGAUUUAUCAGAAGAUUAUGAUCGAAUGCCAGACAGCAUGACAGCUCGAGUACUCAGAAUUAUAUGGAACAACUUGGAGGACCCUUUGAGCCAGACAGUCAAACAAGUCCAUCUCAUGUUUGACCUCUUACUAGAUAUCCAAACCACGGUUCACCAGACAGAUGAUAAAGUGGGAAUAAGGGAAUCUUUGCUUAAAAUUGUCAACUAUCUUCUUCGUUUAGGAUCACGCUGUAAGGGAAGGUAUGUUCCAUUGGCAUCCUUGACAAGACGAUUAGGUGCUAAGACGUUGAUGGAUAUGAGCCCUAACCUG